AUGCCUCGCCAACAACGCCGUGCCGCUCCCACCCCCGCGCGCAGCGCUCCUUCUCGCCCUACGGCUGCUCCUGCCCGUCCGGCCCCCUCUGCUCAGCAGCAGGCGCCUCACUCGACCGCCGCGGCUCCCCAGCAGCACGCUCCUCCCAUGCAGGCUGCUCCUCAGCAGAGCGCCGGUCCCGGUCUUUUCGGCCAGAUGGCUUCCACCGCUGCUGGUGUCGCAGUCGGUUCCUCCAUUGGCCACGCUAUCGGUGGCUUCUUUGGCGGUGGUGGCUCCAGCGCCCCCGCUGAGGCUCAGCAGGCGCCCCCUCCUGCUCAGUCGCAGGGCAUGGACAGCGGUCUCUGGCAGAGCAGCGCUACCAACCAGUCCUGGGAGAACCCUGCCUGUGAGGCUAACGUUCGUGACUUCCGCAACUGCAUGGAUGAGAACAACGGCAACAUCAGCAUCUGUGGUUGGUACAUGGACCAGCUGAAGGCUUGCCAGGCUGCUGCUAAGCCGUACUAA